UAUUAUAUUAUAAUAUUUCUAUAGGUACAGAGUCGAUCGAUAGAUGUAGAAUAUAUUUCUCUGCUACAUCAUAUUCAUAGCAGCAAUAUAGAAGGUCAUUCCUACAGAGGAUAUAUAAUUGCUGGCUCUAAAAUAUCAGAUAAAAAAAUAGUUAAAAUAGAACACAAUUUGUGUAAAAGACCAAUUUGCUUCAUAUUUUCUGGAAUUGGAUUUCAAUGUCUUAAUAUGGGUCGAGCUUUAAUGAAAUUUCCACCAUUUAUUAAAUCAAUUCAAAAAUGUGAUAUUGUUUUGAAAUCUCACGGUAUAUGUGUCACAGAUAUUUUAGUAAGUGAACAUAAAAAUGUUCUCGACAACGUAGUCAAUUUAAUCGUAGGCCUUAUUGGAUUACAGAUUGGAAUAGUUGAUCUUUUAACAAGCAUUGGUAUCACUCCUGAUAUUAUAAUAGGUCAAUCUAUUGGCGAGUUGAUUUGUGGAUAUACUGAUGGAUGUUUGACGGCGGAAGAAACUAUCAUGUUGGCAUAUUAUGUCGGUUUAGCAUUUCUUAAGUCAGAAAUAAUAGAUGGCUUAAUGGCUGAAAUUAAUCUCGAUUUCGAGACUAUGAAAAAUAUGUGUCCAUUGGAUAUUGAUGUAGCUUGUUAUAAUAGUUCCCAUAAUUGUAUUGUGAGUGGACCAACAAACUCUGUAAGAGCAUUUCUCGCUAAGCUACAGAAUAAUAAUGUUCUUGUAAAAGAAGUUUCCUCUGGAGGAAUACCAUUUCAUAGUCGUUAUGUCAGGCCCGCAAAACUUAAACUUUUGGAAUAUUUGAAUCAAAUAUUGCCAGAGAAAGUGUCUCCGACUUCAAAAUGGAAUGUGUUCAGCAUAUCUACAGAAUUAUGUCUAGCAAAAUAUUAUGCAAAUUCUCUGGUAGACUCAGUGUUAUUUUCAGAAGCUAUGCGUUUUAUUCCAAAUAACGCAGUAACGAUUGAGAUAGCGCCGCACAACACGUUACAAUACAUUUUUAAUGAUUCCUUAAAAACAACAGUGACAAAUAUUGCGUUAUACAAAUUCUGUGAAAAACCAAAUAUUGAAAUAUUUUUAGAUAGAAUUGGAAAACUUUAUAAUACAGGAUUACAACCGCAAAUAUUUAAUUUAUAUCCAGAAGUAAAGUUUCCUGUAAGUCGUGGAACACCGAUGAUUUCUCACCUUGUAAGAGUUAUUCAGGUCUUUUAUUCGUUAAGUAUAUACAGGGUGUUUCCGAUAUACAUACACAUCAUUAUAUUGGGUUGUCUAUCUGGUUACCGACAGGGGCAUGCUUUAUGAGAAAAGGAAGAAGUCGAUUUUAUCAUUCUAUAUUACAUACAGUAAACACUUGUGAAAUUGGAUAAUCCCCUUUCUAAAAAGGCAUGUUAUUGACAUUGUCGUCGCUUUUCCGCAAUGCUGAUUGGCUGUCUCGAUUUGCCGUUGUUAUGCAUUAGAUUCAUAGAAUCGAGCAGCAGUUGAGCGGGUUAACAGUUUGAC